AAAGAGAAGAGCCAGAGGCAUUCUAAAGAGUUAAGAGACAAUACAAGAGUUUUUUGGGUAACAAAUAGACCUCAGCUGCUGUUUUGUUGCUUAUGUUAGUUUCCAUCUUUACUGUGUCUCACCAAAGAUCUUUGAUGUGCACCAAUUUGAAGAACUGAAAAGGCACUGGAAGCCUUUUUGCUUUUUAUUAAACUAUUAUUAUUUCAGUCGCUGGAUUACUUUCACAGAUGUCCACUGGAUAAAUGUUGCAAAUAAAGUCAAAUUUGAGGGAAUUAUUGCCCAAUAAAGAAGUUCUGUGACAUGUGAUUUAUUUAAUUAAUAGUUCUGUGUUGAAUUGCAUUUGCUUAUACACAAAAAUAAGGUAUAAAAUUAGAAAAGAAACCUUACCUUUAGAUAACCUGUUUGGUGAGCUAAAUACUGCAUAAUGCACUCUCUUGUAUGCAUAAUGCAGUAUUUAGCCAACCCAAUAGGUCUGAUUCAGUAGAACAUUGCUUUGAAGGGCAGAUGCUUUGAGCUCACAUUUUUGCUCUCAUGACAAUAGAGUGACAUCUAGUGGACAACAUGAAGAACCACAUGACACUUAACAAAAGCAAUAUACUUGGUCCCAAAGCUGUUAAUAUCUUUAGAUGAGUCGUGUCUUUAGCGCAAGCUUUGAGGUAACUUUGUGGGGGAAGGGUCCUCUGCAUUAACAUACAAUAUACAGGUAAAAGUUAAGAGAAAUGUGCUAGAAUUUGUGUGCUUUUGGUCUUGGAAGGCAUUUUGAGGUGGGGUUCCUGCGAGCUGGUGUAGUGUAAUGUUUCCAAAUUGGUAUCAGUCACAGAGUAAGAUUUUAGAAAGUAGAUGGACUCAUAAAAGUGAAUGAACCUAUUGAAGAACCUGUACGGUGAAACUUGGAAUUGUGUUUUCAUUGUGUGCUCUAUCUUCACAAAUUUAGCCAUGGAUUUUAAAUUUUAGGUGAAUCGGUUCUGUGUAUUGUAUACAGGAUACAAACAGUGCAAGGACUGAUAGGCAUAGAUAUAGCAUAGCGUAUAAAAGGUACUGUCAAUUUCUUGUGUGGCGGACCCUGCCACCUUUCUAGCUUCCACAGCGUUCUGGGGACUUCAUUUUCCUCUGAGAGCUUCAUCUGAAUUUGUAUUAUUACAUCAUCACAACUGUUAUUGUUUGCUUUUCUUUUGCUUUUCUCUCUACACAGUGCCCCUUUAAACACGAAAACAGUAUACUGCAAAUUAUAUGUCAGCAUUACUGGCAGGCGGCUGUGAGUUUUGUCCUACCGUCCGCACCGUACAUCCUCAGUCACAUGACCAGCAGCGUUUCCUGUUACACUUCCAUGUUUUCACCUCAAACAGCAGCUGUAAUGUAAAGUACAACAGACGAAACUGUGAACGUUUUGUGACUUUUGUCCCGCUGAGAAAGUUAGCCUAACGUUGCUACAGCUAGCGGAGGCGCUGACACGGGACAACAUGGCGAAUUGUGUGGCUUUCCAGAGCAAGUUAACCUCGAUCAUGGAGAUGCUAGCUAAAGCUGCCGUGGUAGAAAUUAGUAAACUGUGGGAGGACGGCUUCACGCUCGUACAGGCCGAGCUUCGCCGGAGGGAAAAUGAGAUUGAAGUCCUGAACAGAAAGCUGGUGUUGAUGGAAAACGAGCGGUUAUCGGUCCUGUCGCAGGCUCCGACUACAAAUCUGUCUUCAUCAUGUCCGUCCAAGAGAGAGCAGCACGACAAGCUGCUGCCGCCUACCGGUGAUGUGCCAAUUAUAGAUUCAGUCCAGACGUUAUCCUCUGAUCCGAGCGUCAGAGAGAAGUCGGACCCCUCGGCCAAUCAGAGAACACCACCACCUUCACAGACAGAGGAGAAACAAUGUGAGCGGCUCAGGUCUGACCACUGCGAAAGUAACAGCAGAGAGGACGAUGGUGAGGACUUGAUAGUCAAGCUGGAAGACGAGGACGACGUCCAGAUCGUGGAGCAGGUGGUGGACUCUGAUCACAGCGCUAACGAUGGAGCAGGUCGCCAUGAGAUGGAGCUCGACCUCCCACCUGCUGAGGUUGUGGAAGAACAAGAGAGCCAGCAGUGGUCGUCGGUUUCAGUGGGAGACAGCGACAUUGCUGAUGACUCAGACUGCUACUUUGAACCAAAGCAGCUGUCACAGAAUCUGGAUUCGGAAAUCCUCCUCAUACAGAACGCUUUGGAUAUUUUUGAUAAUUCACCGGAGACAGCGUACUCGGACAGGUUCAUGAGGGACAACGGGCAAGGUGUGUCAAGCAAAUCGAGGGCUCCUGUGCCUUUCAGCCAAGCUCAGCCAAGUCAACCUAUAGAAGCAAUAAAUCACCAAGAGAGAGGAGUGUCCAUCAGGUUCCUCUCCGAAAAACAACCACAAACUAAAAACACGUCAGCUUUCAGCAGCCAGGACAGCAGAUUCUUUCUCUUAAAUGACCCCGAGUUGCACAAAACUAUAGCGAGGCGGCACAUAAAGGAGAAGUGGUUCAUCUGCCCGUUCUGCGGCAAAAGCUUUGAUCGUGUCAGCCACUUGGAGAUCCACCAGCGAAUUCACACGGGAGAGAAACCGUACACAUGCGAUACGUGCGGCAAGAGUUUUUCUCAGAGGAGCAACCUUCGUACUCACCAGCGGACUCACAAAGAGGCUCUGUCUCAAAAUGCAGUUUGAUUCAGCAGAUACUGAAGCAGAACUAGAAAUAUCUGAUGUCUAGAUUAAUUAACAAAUUCUCUUUGUAUUUUGAUAUUACUGAAAAGUGAUGUAGCCGACUGUUUUACUGUGCACUCCUGGUUUUUUGGAUCUUAUAACUUUGACAUAGCCUUUAUUGUCAGAACUGACUUUAGUACUCAAGUACUGUUUGUUAUUCAAGCCGGUUAAGAGAUUUAUUACAAAAACACAUAGGAUCCUGGUGACACAGCUGAAUAUUGACUUCUUCAUGAUAAUACAUGUGAGCACAGAUUGGUCGUUGAUAUUUGGCUGUUUGAUGGGAGUCAGUGUGGAUCAGAAAGGGGUGGAGAACAAACCUUUCACUGUCUGAUAUCCCUUGGUACUACCAUUUUGUAAUCCUUUGUCUAUGAUCAGGUACACAAAAGAAAUCAAGCAAGUAGAGCAGCCAAGAUCUGCAUCCAAAUCAGCUUGAAUAUAUUUUCGCGAACAAUUUUUCCUUGACCAGAUAAAAAGCAAUCACAGAGCAUACAGGAUGAGACUGAACUCAUACUUGAAUCAUGUGACAGUAGUAGUGACAUGAAUUUGGUGUCGUAAAACUGCUGAAAAAAGCAAUUUGACAUACAAUUAACUGUGCAAUAUGAAAGAAUUUGAGUUUACAAUCCAUCAGAAAGUGAAGAAACAACAGUUUCGAUAUUAUGUCAUGGCACCGCUCUCCAGCAGCAUUCUCAGUGGGGUCUCCCCCUCCUGGUCCUGAAAUUCUCCUCCUCCCGACAGUCCAAACCAAGGACGUUUCAUUUAAAUCCGGAUACAGUGUUGGAGACUGUGCCAUUCCUAUGAAAGCUGCUUGACUUUCUAUGUAUUAAAAUACCCAGAUUUCCAAGUUGUGCAGUCCAUAGAGCAUCGCACUUGAGACGUCCACCGACCGAGCCAGCUGACUUUCGGUUCAAUGCCCACCCAAACUGGAACGGGUGAUAAGAUAAUUUAAUCGUGUAGCUCUUCUAGAUUUCCCAAUUUAACAGUGAAAUGAGUCAUUUUGCAGGGGUUGUGAUGCUCAAAAACAUAUCCACCAUCUUACAGAUACUUCUUUUACAGUAAAAGCUUGUAGGAAAAAGUCUUUAUUUGAGCCACAGUGCAUCAUGUGACGAUGUCGCCCCCCUAUUGGUUUGGUAUAUGGAUACAACAGGGGGCAAAUGCUUCCAUA